CCCUGCUGGAAUGACCCCCACGGGACUCUCCACUAGUCCUGCUCGGAGGACGCUUUUCGCCGCCUCCAGGGCUGCCUUUUUUUUUUGGUCUGGGGCCCUUUAAUAUGCUUGAGGGGGCGUGGCCAGGCCGUAGGACCUAGCGGUUGGGGGCGGGGCCCGGCGGUGGAGUGAGGCCCAGAUUGCUCAGGGGACGGGACCCAGAGAGGAGCGAGCCCAGGAUUGGGUGAUAUGGGGGCCCGGCGGUGGAGUGUAGCAAGGAUUGGCCUUCGGGGCGGGGCCUAGAGGUUGGAAUUGGCCCAGCGCGGGGACCGCGGAGAGGUGAUGGAGUCCGCCAUGGAAACGGGGCACGCCAGGGUCCCUGAGGCCCUGGCCUCGGAGAAGACCAAAAAGGGGUCCAAGACCCGUAGCCGCCGACGGUGGCGAAAAGGCAAGGCGAAAGCCUCGCGGCUCACAAACACCAUGGACCUGCGCACAAUGACACAGUCGCUGGUGACUCUGGCAGAGGACAACAUGGCCUUCUUCUCGAGCCAAGGCCCUGGGGAGACAGCACGGCGGCUGUGGGAUGUCUUUGCUGGCAUCCGGGAGCAGGCAUUGGGGCUGGAGCCACCCCUUGGCCACUUGCUGGGCAAGGCACACCUCUUUGACCUGGAUGCAGAGACGCCGGCCAACGGGUUCCGCAGCCUGGUGCACACAGCCCGCUGCUGCCUGGCGCACCUGCUGCACAAAUCACGCUAUGUGGCUGCCAACCGCCGCAGCAUCUUUUUCCGCACCAGCCACAACCUGGCAGAACUCGAGGCCUACCUGGCCGCCCUCACCCAGCUCCGCGCUCUGGCCUACUAUGCCCAGCGCCUGCUGGACACCAACCAGCCGGGGAGGCUCUUCUUCGAGGGUGAUGAACGGCUCAUCGCAGACUUUCUGCGCGAGUACGUCACAUUGCACAAGGGCUGCUUCUACGGCCGCUGCCUGGGCUUCCAGUUCACACCCGCCAUCCGGCCAUUCCUGCAGACCAUCUCCAUUGGGCUGGUGUCCUUCGGGGAGCACUACAAACGCAAUGAGACGGGCCUCGGUGUGACUGCCAGCUCCCUCUUCACCAGUGGCCGCUUUGCCAUCGACCCAGAGCUGCGUGGGGCCGAAUUUGAGCGGAUCACACAGAACCUAGACGUGCACUUCUGGAAAGCCUUCUGGAAUAUCACUGAGAUUGAGGUGCUAUCGUCUCUAGCAAACAUGGCAUCGGCCACCGUGAGGGUAAGCCGCCUGCUCAGCCUGCCACCAGAGGCCUUUGAAAUGCCACUGACGGCUGACCCCAAACUCACAGUCACCAUCUCACCCGCCUUGGCCCACACAGGCCCCGGGCCUGUCCUCGUCAGGCUCAUCUCCUACGACCUGCGUGAAGGACAGGACAGUAAGGAGCUCAGCAGCCUGGUGAAGUCCGAGGGUCCGCGGAGCCUGGAACUGCGGCCACGUCCCCAGCAGGCACCCCGUUCCCGGUCCCUCGUAGUGCACAUCCACGGCGGCGGCUUUGUGGCCCAGACCUCCAAAUCCCACGAGCCCUACCUCAAGAGCUGGGCCCAGGAGCUGGGCGCCCCCAUCCUCUCCAUCGACUACUCCCUGGCCCCCGAGGCCCCCUUCCCCCGUGCGCUGGAGGAGUGCUUCUACGCCUACUGCUGGGCCGUCAAGCACUGCGCCCUCCUCGGCUCCACAGGCGAACGGAUAUGUCUCGCAGGGGACAGUGCAGGCGGGAACCUCUGCUUCACCGUAUCCCUUCAGGCAGCAGCCUAUGGAGUACGGGUGCCAGAUGGCAUCAUGGCAGCCUACCCGGCCACAAUGCUGCAGUCUACCGCCUCUCCUUCCCGCCUCCUGAGCCUCAUGGACCCCCUGCUGCCCCUCAGCGUGCUCUCCAAGUGUGUCAGCGCCUAUGCUGGUGGGGAGACAGAGGACCACUCCGACUCGGACCAGAAGGCACUGGGCAUGAUGGGGCUGGUGCGGCGGGACACAGCUCUGCUCUUGCGGGACCUGCGCCUGAAUGCCUCCUCAUGGCUCAACUCCUUCCUGGAGCUGAGCAAGCACAAGGCCCACACCAACUUGGUUCCUGUGGUGGAGCCAAUGCGGCGCAGCGUGUCUGAAGCAGCACUGGCCCAGCCUGAGGGCCCUCUGGGCACAGACUCCCUCAAGAGCCUGACACUGCAUGACCUGAGCCUAAAGGGCAGCUCUGAGACAUCGGAAAACCCCGAGCUGUCGCUGUCGGCAGAGACACUUGCCUCCUCCACACCCUCGGAUGUCAACUUCUUACUUCAGUCAGAGGGUACAGUUGAAGCGGCUAAAGCCCAAGAGGAGAUGAGCACGAAGGACAGAAGCCGCGGCGUGGGGGCCGCUUUCCCUGAGGGUUUCCACCCAAGGCGCUCCAGCCAGGGCGCAACACGGAUACCCCUCUACUCGUCGCCCAUCGCCAAGAAUCCCUUCAUGUCACCGCUGCUGGCACCAGACAGCAUGCUGCAGAGCCUGCCGCCCGUGCACAUCGUGGCGUGUGCGCUGGACCCCAUGCUGGACGACUCGGUCAUGUUCGCGCGGCGGCUGCGCAGCCUGGGCCAGCCCGUGACGCUGCGCGUGGUGGAGGACCUGCCGCACGGCUUCCUGAGCCUGGCGGCGCUGUGCCGGGAGACGAGGCAGGCGGCGGCGCUAUGCGUGGAGCGCAUCCGCCUCAUCCUCGCUCCGCCCGACCCCCCGGCAGCCGCAGCGCCGGUCUGAGCCGCCAGCCCAGGCGGACGGCGCGGGGAGAUGGGGGCUGCGGGAGGGCGACACUAAAAGCUUCUUGUUCGCAUCUGUGCAUGGAGCGCAUCCGCCUCAUCCUCACUCCGCCCGGCCCUGCGGCGUCCACGGCGCCGCUGCCGCUGCCGCUGCCGCUGCCGGUCUAAGCUGCCGACCGAGGCAGACUGCGCGGGGAGACGGGGGCUGCGGGAGGGCGACACUAAAAGCUUCUUGUUCCCAUCUGCGCGGGCCUCGGUAGUGAAUGUGCUCUAGGAUUGGUGGCGCUCUGGGGUGGGCAUCAGGGACCCCUACAAGGGGCUGCUGGUCUAUCUGGCCCCUCCUUAGGGCCGGGCGGGAGUGGACGAGCUGUGCCUUACGUCAGGGACUGCAAGGUGGGCGGGGCGAGGACCGAAAGAAAGCUGAGACCUUGGCCUGGGGGUGGGGGUCGGGGGCAGGGAACACGCACACAAACCAGCCUGAGACUGUUGGACCUGCACUCCACCAUUGCCUUCUACUGCUGCACCGACCGCCGCAGGGGCGGGGGCCUGGCCCUACCUUGCUGGUCGGUUUGGUUUUGUUUGUAAAUAAAGUAUUUAAUUAGUUUGACUUCUCUCAAAUAGAGUAGGGGUUCGCCCACCAGGGGGCAGCAUCGGACUCUGCUGCUGCGAACUGAGAAACCUGGGACUGGAGAGUAGAAGGCUGGGGGCCCAACUUCUGAGUCUGAAGGAGGGGUCUGCGGCCCUGGAUUCUUGGGUGGCGAGGGACUGGACUUCCCUGCUAACAUGACCCACCUCCCCCUCAAACUUAAUCAAGUAGAGUGCCAGAGGACUCUCAGUUCUCAACUCCUCGCUUUAUAAACUCAUCCCCGGCACCCACCCAGGAAAGAAAACCCACACUCCCUAUAGAACUGGAGCAAAGCUAACAGGAAACCAGAAACAACUGGUCACCCACGAUACUAGAAGCCCCAGCUGUGACAGUGACUCAGUCCCUCAACCAAGACUCUGAGGCCUUGCCAUUUUGUAGGUCCUGGGUUUGGAGCAGAGAUGAUUUCUAUCCAGGGCCUACUCUCAAGAGACUCGGGGAGGGGCAGGGAGAGAUCACCCAGACACAGGCUGUCAACAGCCCCCAAGGGCUCCAUCUGUGGUAGUCAAGGAGGGCUUCACAGAGGAGGUGAUCCAAGCUUGACCCUAAAAGAUGAGCACAAGUUUGCUAGGCAGAAGAAACAAUGUUGUGAGAGCCAAUGGACAGUGAUCAAGGCCUCUCCUGGCCAGAAGAUGAGGUGCAAAGUAGAGAAUGGACUGAGGGGCCCCGAGUGGUCAGGAGCAGAUCCUGAAGGGCCUGGAGUGCAAUUUGGACUAUAAGUGGAGGGCUUUGGGAGCCACAGAAGGGCUUUGAGCAAGGGAGGGACAGGAUCAGCUCACGGCAGUGAAGAGCCUGCUGGGACAUUGGGGGAUGGACUGAAAAGGGCAAGACUGAAGCCCCAAAGGCAAAGGAGGAAGCUGGGGGCAAGGAAAGACCAGGCCUGGGCUGAGGCUGUGCCCAUGAGGGUGGGGAGCAGGAGUAGGAGUGGAGCAGAUCCAAGAGCCAUAACUGAGGCUGGAUGAAUAGGAUUUAUUGAGGGUGGAGUGGAGAUUACAGGAGAGCAUGGGGACGAAGAUGACACUUGGGUCUGGCUGGGGGAGCAGAUGGAGAGGGAGGCUGUCUCUUUAUGGGAGGAGGCUCAGUUGUGUACCAGGCAGGUAAGAGGUGCUGAGGGCUGUUUUGCACAUGGAGAGAUCAAAAGGUCUUCGAGACAAUCCAAGGGAACAUCCAGAAGGCAGCAGGAGGCAAGAGAGCAGGCUGGGCAUUCACUUCUGGCUGGAGCUGAAGGACUAGAAC